UAAAUUCAGGCGGAAAUAUUUCUAUACAGAAACCGGGUAAUCAGACUGGUGAGAUGCCAUAUGAAUGUGGUAGAAAUGUUACUCUUACUUGUACGUUUAAGAAGAACACAUUUGCUAUUGUGUGGAUGUAUGCAAACAAUGUUACACCAAUUGUAAUUGUACGCGAAAUAAAUGCGCUUUAACCCCUGAUUAUGAAGGACAGUACACGUUUACAUACGAUAGACAUGGCAUCUUCAAUUUGACCGUGAUAGACAUGACUAAGGAAGACAACGGGAAAAAGUUUAUUUGUUCAGAUGGUUCUGAUAUAGACUCUGAAGUUAUAAAAGUUACAGACUAUGAGCCUCUUCUUUUUGAAGAUACAAUAAAUGGGACUGUAAGGGCGAUAUCGGGCUGUGUAUCUCAAGAAACUGAAGUUUCAUUUAAAUGGAUAAAGAUGUCAGUCAGUAGUGACACUGAGGAGGAAAUAAUUCCAACAAUUCAUGACAAUUAUACAAGAAGUUGUUCGAAUGAUUUUGAUUGCGGGUAUGAUCAGCAAGUGCAGUAUACAGAGAUGAUUUCUGCCAAAUCUAGUGACAACGGGAAAUAUUUUCUGAAAGUUUUAGCAGUAUAUGGGAAUAAAAGCAAAGAAUCAUGCAAUACUGCUUACAAGUACAUGAUUGAAGAAAAUGAUAAUGAACGGUUCAACAUUGCAAAAGAAAUUGGACUUGCUGUUGCUGGUUUACUUGGAGUCAAAUGUAUUCUUCUGUGUAUUGGAUAUUGUAUGUGGAAAUGUUGGAAACAAAAGAGAAAAGGCAAAGGAAAACUUACUAGUCAAAUGCAUGUACAAGAAGACAGUUCACAAAGGGAAAGGCUGGUAGAACGAAGCGACACCGCCACCCAGCCAAUGAAUUUACAACAAAAGAAAUCACGGAUGAAAUUGCCCGAAGAACCUGAAGAACUAAGGGAAGCCACCAACUAUCACAAAUAUGAAAAACAUGAUCAACAAGGGCGGGAAACAUUCAAUGAACGCAACUUCCAUAACAGGAGGACCACCAGGAAGGAACCAAGUAGGACACCAAACAGGGCAGCGCCAACGGACAAAACAGGAAAUCAUAGAAACGUAAAAGGAAAAAAGCCCCAACAGAUGAAGGAGCCAUGGAGAAUAUAAAAGACAAGUUCAAUCAUCGCCGUCAACAGAAAAUAAUAAUGCAAUUUUAGUAAAUAAACAGCAACAAAAACAUGAUGUACUAGUAUUUUACCAGAAGCUAUCAUUGUGUAACAUCAAAUCAUGUUUUGCUGAAAUUAGUCAAACUUGUUUCAGUAUUCCUGAAGAAUGGUAUUAUUCAAGAAUUAAUUGCUUGUAUUACACACCGUAUUUCCAGCGCCAGUGAUGACACAUUCCUGCAGUAAUGGUGUUAGUGUUUGUAGAUUGAAGCAAAGGUCAGCCAUUGCAUCGUUCCUAGACAUUAUCAAUACUUGUUGGCUUCACUUUUGCAAGGAUAUUCGCUGCAUGCCAGAGCAGAUGAACAGUACAAAUGACCGUAGAAAUAAUUUCAUGAUCAAUCGCAAAGUGUCCUCCGCCGUCCGGGAUUUUGGCGACAGAAAUCUACAAUUUACUGAUUACUACUGGUAGAACAAACAUUUGAUUGGUUAAUUCCAAAUAAGCAAAAAAUAUAAUUUAUUACUGUAGACUUACUGCCAAUUGACUGAAGAUAUUAUAGGGUAUUUAUGGGUUCCCCAUUUCAUAAAUUAUUUUGAGCGGACAAAAAGUAACAGCAACAGAAAAAAAUCCGGAAAAAAAUGGUUGUUGCGUGUUCAAAAUAUCUCAAGUUGGAAAAAUAAUCAUCACGACGGGUCAGUUUAAUGUGCUGAAAUAUUUUAUAAAAAGGGAAACGAAUAAAAAAUGCCCAAUACUGUCUCGGGGCAAUUUACUGUUAGUCUAAAGCAAUGAAAUUGUCCUUAUAUGCGUGAUAAAAAUAAACCAGGCAUAUUUAUAACCUACCUGUUGUAAUCAGUAUUCAUUAAAUUAUCAUCACUGCUGCAAUAUGACUUCACUGUUGCCAUCAUACGGUGAGAGUUAGUUUUUUUUCCAUCGAAUGAACUCAUUUGUAUGUUUCAACGUGGAUUUGUCAUAUUGUAUAAUUUGUGAAACGUGUAUAUCCUAGGCAAAGGCGAAGCAUUCUUUGUGUUUGUUAAUUAUAUGAGUAGUUUAAUUUAUAUAAAUUCUUAUUUGUAGAGAUUAUUUCAAACUCUUUUGUUGUUAAUUUUUUGUGACAUUACU